AUGGCCUCAGAUGUUGAAGCCCUCAAGACCCCGGAUGGAGUGCCCAACUCGGCCACGGCCGACGAAGCCGUCGAAAUGGCCAUCGCAGAGACCAACAUCGACUACACGAUCGACUCGGACAACUCGCCCUACCUGGAUGUGCGCGCCAAUGUGCCCAACACCGACGACUCCAGCCUCCCCGUCAACAUCGUCCGGAUGUGGUUCCUGGGCGUCGUCUUCACCUUGGUCGGCACGGGCAUCAACCAGUUUUUCUCCAUGCGCUAUCCCAGCGUGACCAUCACCUCGCUGGUCGCCCAGCUGGUCAGCUAUCCUGCCGGCUGCCUGCUCGCGAGGAUCCUGCCCGUCAAGACGUACCGGCUGUUUGGACGGGACCUUGUGCUCAAUCCGGAUCGCUCGUUCAAUGUCAAGGAGCAUGCCGUCAUUACGAUCAUGUCGAACCUCAGCUUUGGCCAGUCCUGGGCGAGCGCCAUCAUCCAAGCCCAGAAAGUGUACCUGCACAUGUCCACCCCCGUGGGCUACCAGAUCCUGCUCGCCUUGUCCAUGCAGAUGUUUGGUCUGGGCCUGGCGGGUCUGGCAUAUCGGUACAUUGUGGAACCGCCCCAGAUGAUCUGGCCAUCGACGCUCGCCAACGCCGCCCUCUUCGAGACUCUGCAUAGCGGCGCCAAUCCCCUCGCCGACGGCUGGAAGGUCUCCCGGUACCGAUUCUUCCUGUACGUCUUCAUCGGCGGCUUCUGCUGGUACUGGCUGCCGGGGUUCCUGUUCACAGGGCUCAGCACGUUUGCCUUCCUCUGCUGGGCUGCGCCAGACAACAAGGUCGUGAACAAUCUCUUCGGCAUGACGACGAGCCUGGGGUAUUUGCCCACCACGUUCGACUGGGGCCAGAUCGCAUACAACGGCUCGCCGCUGGUGGUGCCGUUCUGGGCACAGGCCAACGUCUUUGCCGGCUGGUUCUGCGUCUACGCCAUGGCCGCGCCCAUCCUCUACUACACCAACACCUGGUUCACGGCGUAUCUGCCGCUGACGGGCUCCGACGCCCGCAUCCUCGACCGCUCCGGCGCCAUCGACGAGGCCAAGUACCGGGCCUACAGUCCGCUGUAUCUGCCCGUAACGUUUGCGCUGUCCUACGGCCUAAUUGUCAUCGCGAUCGCAAUCCUGACGCAAUACGUCUGGCACACCGAGGUCCCGUUCUGGGGGAUCCUGCUCACGUUUGCGGUGGCGGCCAUCUACGUGAUCCCCGUGGGGACGCUGUAUGCGAUAGCCAAUCUGAACAGCAAUGUGCUGACCGUUCUGGGGGAGAUUAUGUCGGGGUACCUUCUGAAGGGGCGGCCGCUGGUGCUUCUCAUUUUCAAGUUCUAUGCGUAUACGGGCUUGAAUGGCGUCCUGCUCUGGGUCCUCGGCCACGUCAAGGACGUAUGCGCGAGCACUCAAUCUGACAACUUCACCUGUCCGCAGGGCCGAGUCAACUAUAACAGCGCCAUUCUGUGGGGUGCAAUCGGCCCUUCUCGCCUCUACAGCCCCGGCCGCAUCUACUCCGGCCUCCUGCACAUGUUCUGGCUCGGCGCCGCCCUGCCGCUGCUCACGUUCUUCCUGCGCAAGCGGUUUCCAGCUUCGAGACUGCUGGCGGCCGUCCACUGGCCGAUAUUCUUUGCUGGCACAGGGAAUCUGCCUCCUGCAGAAUACUACUCCACCGCCUUCGUCGUGAGCUUCAUCUUCAACAAGCUGAUCCGGACCCGCAAACCCCGCUGGUGGGCCAAAUACAACUAUGUCCUCUCCGCCGCGCUGGACGCCGGCGUCGCCGUCUCCGCUGUCGUCAUCUUCUUCGUCCUCGUGUUGCCGGGCGUGUCGCUCUCCUGGUGGGGGAAUACCGUCAAUGGUAGCACGGUCGAUGGCAAGGGGACGCCGUGA